AUGCGUCAAAGACAGAGAAAAGAAGGUGCGGCUAUCCAAGAUGCAGUAAAUGAGGUUGAUCCGUUAGACUGGCCAUCUACUGAAGGUAAUCUCGUUAAUGAAUUUAAAACAGAUGGUUUAGCUACUAUGGCCUUUCCUACAUUGUUUCCUUAUGGGAAGGGUGACCCAACAAAUAGGGCAGGACAACAUGGUAUAACGUUAACCGAAGCUUUCAAACAUUUAAUGAAGUUUGCAGAGAGGCUUGUAGAUGGUAAGUUUGAAUGGAGGUUUGCUUCUCGCCCUCGGUUUCCUUAUUGGGCGUUAAACAUGAAACAACGGCAUCAGCUGUUGUCACAAGCAAACGUUCACUUGCGUCAACAUCCUGCUGAUGCAAACAUGACAAUGGAAGAACUGAAGCAGAUGAUCAAUUCCAUGAGUGCAAACCAAAUGGUAAAUAGGUUGCAGCGAUAUGUGUCCAAAGUACAAGGUACGAAUCAGUAUUGGUAUCAGCGGCUGCAGGAAUUGCUAGCCCUGAUUGAACAAAAAGCCUGCCCUACUUUUUUCUUUACCUUUAGUGCAGCUGACAUGCAUUGGCCAGAGUUACAGAGGCUGUUGCAGAAUGAUGAAGGUGCAAGCAGAUCUGAGCGAGCACAAGCUGUAAUCGACAAUCCCCAUCUGACUGAUUGGUUCUUUAUGCAGCGGCUGCAGGAGUUUGUCAGACAUUGGCUUAAUGGCGUCUUGGAUGCUGAGUGGCACUGGUAUCGGUUUGAGUACCAAGCUAGGUGAAGUAUUCAUUGCCACGGAUGUGCAAAGUUAAAAAAUGACCCUGAUAUAAGAGAAUUACGUAAUAAGGCAUGUGUUGCUUUCCUAGAGAAUGAGACAACAAGGUACGAAAUGUCACCUGAUGAUUUUGAAUUCCUUUGUGGGGAUGUGAUAAGACAGGGAGAAGAUGCUGAGAAGUUAUUAAUACAGUAAGAAAUAAUAUUUUCCAUAUUAAUGUUUCCAUAUAUGUGUACUGUAGACCAAGUUAACUGUGCAGAAUCUGUUGUGGGAUAAUUGUUUCAAUAAUAUUAUAACAUUAUCCUGCAACAGGCCUUCAAAUGCAUGUACCGCCACAAUACUGGAUCCAAAUUAUUGGAAUAGUUACACAAUACCGGACUCGCUUCUCAUACUGUAGUCAUAACAUUGAAUUUUGCAUUUUUAGAGAUGUCUUACUGUACCUCGAUCCUACUCAAUAUAUUGUAAUAGCAUUUCAAAAUGCCAUGAAAACUGUACUAAGGCAUGCUCCCAAAUUUUGAUAUCAACUAAAAGUGUGCAGGUCAAAUGUUCAUGUUAACUAAAAAGCGAAUAUUGUAUUUAUUGUGCAUGUACAGUAUUAACCACUGCUGCCUAUUUUGGAUAUUUAAUAAUAUGACUACUACUGUAAAUAUAAAGGCAGAAUAAACUACUGUACACAACUUUUGCCUAAAACUGUCGCAUACAACCUGCUUAUAUACUGUAUAUGUACACAACUUGAGUUUACUGGGUGAACCAAGCACACAACUAUAGCUAUGACAGCGUAAGUGGGUAAAUGCGAGUUAUACAGUGUCAACUUGUGUGCUUGAUAUUUUACACAGUACAACUCAAGUUGUACAAGCAGGUUGCAUAUAAAGGUGAAAGUUGUGUAGUGUAAAUCUGCUUUUUAAUACACAAAACGCUCACCAAAUAUCCAGCUAAUAAUAUAUGCAGAUAGCCAAUCUCCACAAUUUUGAAAGGUUUUCGCCCAUCUUUUUUAUUAUUAUUCAUAUUUUAUUAUAUUAUAAUACGGUAGUAAUCGUAGUAUUAACUUUGCUACGUUAAUUAAAUUGAAAAAGUAACAAUAUUUUACACAAAAACAAAAAUUCCUUAUAAAAUUCCUUAAAAGGUUUCAAUUUUCCUCAAAUGAAUUUUCAAUAAUUUCUGAACAUUUCAUUGGAAUGUAAGAAAUUUACAUAAAUAGAAAGUGGAAAUUUAACUGUGGUCAUACAGGUUUCACAGGAAAAUAUAAUUUCACUCAGUCAAUGGUGUGAUUGAAACUGUUUUAUUACUAUAAAUUUGGUAAUAUUUGGCUAAUACAACGAGCGUGCACAUUUUUAAUAAUAAGUUGUUAUUAUUUUAAAGGUAUGUUGACUGGCUGGUGACAAAUUUUAAUGAGGAAUUGCCAGAUGAAACCUGGAGGAUUCCAGAUCCUCACACAUCUGCUGUUAGCGCUACAACAGUGGAUAAUCGUCACAAUGAUUAUCACUGGUUAGUUAAUACUGUAGAAAGACACACUAGAUGCAGUCCAGCGUAUUGCUUGAAACAGAAAAGAGUGAACCUGCUUGCAGAAUGCAGAUUUGGUUUUCCAAAGCCAUUGCAAGAAGAAACAGAACUGAGCCUUGAGCUGGUGGUAAGAAUACGAAGUCUGUUGAGUCUGAGUUACAUACCAAACGAAAUGAUCAAAGAUUAAAUUCGCAUAACAGGGUGAUGCUCAAAAACUGGCGGGCAAAUGUAGAUUUGCAAGUCAUUGUAGAUGUGAAGGCUUGUGCAAGAUACAUGGCCAAGUAUGCUGCGAAAGGAGAACCCCGAUCGAAAUCGGCGUCAGAAAUACUAAAAUUGUCUGUGUCCUCAUUACAGAAUGAUGAUCAAGUCUCUUCGGCCUUCAAGAAAGCAAUGAUCCAAGUUGCUGGGGAUAGAGAUAUGGCAGCACAAGAAACUGCACAUAUGUUACUUAGUCUACCACUGGUUGGCUGCACAUUUAGUUUUGUUACUAUUUCUUUAGAUAACAGCAGGAAGGUUAAUAUUGAUGCAGAAAACGAAGGCGAUGGGGUACUUCAAAAAUCUGCGCUACAAGAAUAUGCAGAACGUACAAAAUUGAAGAAUAGGUAUACAGGCUUGUCUCAGCUAAAUCUGAUGCAAUAUGUGUCACAGUACACGAAAGUCCGAGGUGAGUUGACAAAACGAGCGAAUCCGUACAUUGUCAGGACAUUUCCAAAGAUUUCCGCUAAUCCUGCUGGUCCUGAUUUUGGUAAAUACUGCAAAUAUCAACUAAUAAAGUUUAAACCAUGGGAGGGUCAACCAUCAAAUUCUUGGAACAACGAGGAUGAAAGUGAUCAAAUGUUUAUUAAUGCAUAUGAAUUUUUUCUUAUGACAGAUGAAUUUGCAGAAGAAAAUGUGUUUAGUUUUUCCGAUGAAACAGACAGAGUUCAUGAUGCGCAAUGUGAUCAAACCUUUGAAAACGAUCCAAGUGACAAUCAAGAUGAUGACGACGAAAGUGAAGUUGACCCUGAUGAUGAGGAGGAAGUCGAUGAUUGGAUGUUGUUAUGCAGAAUUAACCAAGAUUAUGGUGAAGCAGGUAAUCGGAUGUCAGACAAUGAAGCAGUGGACUGGUUUGAAAUGGUAAGAGCUGUGCCUAGAGAUUUAUUAAAGGAAUGUCCAGGAUGGAUUUAUAGUCAAAGAAAGGAGGCUGAAGAACAUGGUCAGCAUUUUCGAGAAGAUGAUCAACAAUGUGUAAUUGAUCCGGACACCUUGAAUGAAAAACAACGCCUUGCUUAUGACAUCAUCACAUCUCAGAAUGGUGAUAAUGCCGAGCCUGUUUAUAUGAUUGUGUGUGGAACAGCUGGCACAGGUAAGACAUACUUAAUAAGUGCAACAAAACAAGUAUUAGCCACUCAGUGUGUUGUUACAGCAACUACUGGGAUUGCAGCCUUUAGUAUUAAUGGUCAAACAUUACAUUCUGCUGCUCAACUUCCUAUCCAUGAAUAUAGGGAUUUGCAGGUUGAUUCACUACAGCGGUUACACCUGAGGCUGGAAG